ACUGUGUGGACAGGUUGCUGAGCUGUGGGGAGCAGCCCCAGUGUGGCCUUAGUUGGCACUUCUUAGUGGUAUGUGGACACGUGAAGGUUAGCUGUAUGUGCUCCAGCUGGGAGCAUCCUCUAGAUUCCAGCUAUCAAGGCACUAACUUAAGUAUGCUUCAUCUUUAUGAGGCAGUAAACAGUACCAUAGUCUGAAUUACUGAGUCCAGAGGCCUUCUGGGGGCAGUAUGAAUUGUACUGACUUCCCUGGUAAUUACUGUCUGACUGCUGGAGCAGGGCAUGUCUCAGAUGUGUUGCUGGCUCAGCUGAGGCGGCAGUAGCUGCAGUGUGGGGUGUGAGCAGGCUGUGGUGCUGCUCUGCUCCAGGCCCCUUUUUACUCCCCAUCCAGCACUCCUCUGAGAUACCAAACAGAUGCUGAUAACCAUUCCUUCCAAAGUUCAGACACGUGAGAAGGAGAAGCAGGUGACCUUUGUUGGCCCGCUGUACGUGGGCAUUCAUUUGGAGCUGCUGGUGGUGGGACUCAGGUUGUUUGCCUGCUGAUGAGUGUGCAAAGCUGGCGGUCUCCUGGAGGUGCAGGAGCUCAUCUCUGACCUUGGUGGGUAGCAAUGGAGUUUGUGUUCAAGCAGUGCUGGAAUGAGAGGGUGGAAGUGAGGGAGGGACAGUCCUCUCCUGCCCUCUGGAGAUGAUCCCUUGUGCCAUUCUCUGCCUCUUGUGUCAAGUCUGAGUGCAGCUGCUUGUGGAAAUGAGUGGACUUCUGUUAACCAGACCUUUUGUGUGCUCCCCUGUGAAGUGAGCCCAGAUACUAGCAUGGCAAGAAGUGAAGGCUGGAGCACAGCAGCUGGGAACUCAGGGUGAAUUAUUCCUUGGAAAUGUGAGUGAUGGAAGCAGACAGCUUUGGAGCUGUGUUGUUGCUCCAAUUCUCCUCCCUCCCCUUCCUUUCAUUCUCUCUUUUUGUUCCCCCACUCUUCUUUCCUUUUUAUUUUAACAGCACUACAGAUUGGAGGAUAAAUCUUAGCCGAGUUGAUGUCCACCAUUAAAUCUCUUCCAUUUCCCCACACAGGAGAAAAGUUGCACAAGGAGUAAGGGCUGAGGAUGAGCCCCUGGUGCAUGUGGUUCACAGUCCCAUCAGCCUUUCCUGUCUCCUUCCUGCUGUGGCCCUCAGUCUGUCUAAUCUAUGAGACCUGGUGUUUUAGAAAGCAGUGUGAAAUAGUGCUGAACGUGGGAGAGGAUGACAUGUUGCUGUUGUUCAACUGUGUGACAUCUGAAAUCGUUCCCUUUCUUAAAGAUAAUAGAAGAUGGUCUUCAUCCCAACAAAUGGACCUCUUCCUCCAGGCCUGGCCCAUGCAGGUGCUCUUCUGAUGCAGAAUGCAUAUAUAAUCCACGGCCUGUGCACAGUAUGAUGGGUGCAAGAUAAAAGCACAGACCAUGCCUUCAUCUUAACCUCAUCUUUGCUGUUCCUGAGGCUUCAAAGGCAUUUUCCAUGUUGGAUUCUUAUAACUUCGGGAAGGUGUUGAAAGCUGCAAGGAUUGGUCUGCUUGAGAUCAGUAAGGCUUUUUGGUACUGAUGCAGAAACAAAGAUGCAAAAGGGAAAGGCAAGAACUGCAGAACUGCAUUGCAAAGCCGUGAGAUCUGGGGGUUUGGAAGAGCUGGGAUUUGUGCAGAGAAGCACAGGGCCUGCAGUCCCUGCAGUGUCUAGGGACUGCAGGGCUCUGACUCCAGAUGAUUGCCUCGUCCUUGCCCUGUUCUGUUCAGGGAGCGCAGGCUCCUCUGAGGCAGUCUGCAAACCCUCACUUGAAAAGAAAUUCCUUAAUUGGCUUAAAGGCAGUUAGGGAAAUGAAAACAGCAAGUAGAGCUUCCCCGUCAUCCUGAUUUCUUUCCUCUGCAGGGAUUACAUCUGGAAUGAUUGUUCAGAUGUACCCCAAAUGCAGGUGGCUAAAUGGGGAGGAGUCGGGGGUCUUUUGGUCUCAGGAGUCCACCCAUCUUGCUGAAGCUGUCCCAGCUCCUCAGAGAGAGCAGCUUCAUGAGCUCAGCUUCUUGCUCCUUUCCUUGCGUUUCCCCUCCCCACCGGGAGCAGGUGAAUCUAAAAUGCAGCCAUGGGAAUCAGUCCCAUCUUUGCUUUUCUGUCUUAUGGUCUCACAGCUGUACCACUGAAGGGCUCCUUCUCAUUCUCUGCCUCCCUGCUCAGAUCCUCCUUCAAAGACCAGCCAAUUCUCUGCUCCUCCGGGGUCUGUUUCAACUUCAAGCUGGAGAGAGGUGAUCAAGGCUGCCCUUUGAAGCUUGCUGUGCUCAGGUCUGUGAGCUCCCCCUGUGCUUCUGCAGUUUCCUCCCACAGCUGGGCUGCAGGACACACAGCUGGUCGAUGGGACAGCAGUCCUUGUUGGGAUUGUUUUCCCCACCAAAGAGAAGUGCUGCCCAUGCAGCCCAGCAUGCUGGGCUACCGUGUUACUGCCUAUUUCUCAUCUGGGCUAACUCAUCACCUGCACACAGCCUGCUGCAACCUGUUUAUACCUGAAGAGGUGUAAGUCUUGCCAGCACUGAAGAAAUGGAGUGCAUUGUCAGAGAGGAGCUUGGAACUCAUUCACAGCUCUGAGGCUGUUCUCUGCUCCUCUGUGGCCAGGUGCUGGUGUUGGGAACUCAGAGGUCCUGGUAGCUCGCCGAAUCCCAGGUUUGGAUGCUUAUUUUGUUCUCUUAAGAUUCUCUCCACAUACACCCACCAACCCUUUAAUAGCUGUCAUAAACCAUAUGCCCUUGUUAUUUAAAUAAAAUAAAUAAAGUUGGAAAAGGCUCCCAGGAGCAUCUGGAACUUCACCACCUGUAGAAAAUUGAUAAUUAAAGGAGCUGUGUGUGUAGCAGUGCUGAGAAGAGCCCAUAAAGACAGCAUCAGUGGAAAAAGAGGAGUGUCUGAUUCAGUCUUUCAUCUUCCUGUUGGCAGCACUCAGAUGUGACUCCAGCUGCUUUUUAUUCUGGGAUAUGGGCAAAUGUAUGAUCCCAGAAAGGCUGGGGAGAGCAUUUGAGAGCUGUGCUGCCUGAAGUGGCCAUCCUGGCUUAGAUGAGGCACAGGCUGAGCACUGAGCAGUGGUGCAGCACGUGCCUUUAUGUCUUCACACAGUUGGAUUGCCAAGCCCUGUGACUUUUGGGCUGAGAACAGUUCAGUAUUCUUGGUCUGCUUGAUUUCUGUGUUUAUUACUGUUUGCAGACAGCAGGACUGACUUGAUCCCAAGGUUUGGAAGUCAUUAAAUUAACAAGUAAUUUAGAGGAUGGUGAAUAAACAUUGCAAGGAAUUAAGAAAUUCAUAUUUGGCUUCUGGACUUGUUGUAGACUUAGUUGAGCACAGUCCUUGGUCUCAGUCCUUGUUCACUGUCUGGAUCACAGACCUCUGCUGGAGGAGAAUCCAAGGCUCCAAAGCGGGUGCAGAGCUGCACAGUUACUUACAUGGAGAUGCAUACAGUCUUAGCUGUCUCACGUGCUGGUGGUGUUUCUUAGGCUGGAGUAGCAAAGCUGUUCCCAAUCCUGACCAGAACCUCCCCAGAUUCUUGAUAGGAUUUUGUCAGCCAAGCAACUGCUGCAGGGUAGGGAGGACACAGUCAUGUCUGUGUUCCCUGGAGACCAAAGGGACGCUGGAGUUACAUUGCUUCAGAAGGAGUUGUGCUGCUGCCUGUAUUCUUUUGGCUAAUCUGGACACUUAGCAUCCCAGAUCCUUCUUGCUGCAGAUCUCUUACGAGUUGAAGGCUUUUAUUUCCCAGCCUCCUGCACUAUGGACGAUCCAUGGGCCAACUUAUUGCUGAAAGCCCCUCGGUGCUGCGUCUCAUUUCUGAGGCACUCGUGCCCAAAGGUUCAACCACUUCUGAGAUGAAGAGAGGGGAUGUGCCAUCCUCCAGGAUGCUGGGUAAGUAGGCAGGUGUCUUUUGCAGCCUUGUUCUUCGGAGUUGCUGAUAUGCAUCACUCACACAGGGAGAUGUAUCAUUUGACUGCCAGUACCUCCCCUCGCUGCUCCAGCAUGUAAGCCUCUGUGUGGUGCACUGGGUUUGAUAGAAGGAGCCAACCCUGCUGCAGGCUUUCACUGUUUGUCAGAAUAAAUUGCUUCUUCCUCCAAUUGCGAGGAGGAGAUGCUGGUUCAUUUGACCUGAGCCUGAGCAGCACCCACGGCAGUUUCUCCCCCUGUUCUUCCUUCCUCUAAGCCUGCAAGGAGAGUAGAGCCUGCUGGCUGCAGGCUCCCCAAAACAUGUCUGAUGCAGCAGCAGAUUUUGUGCAGUGCUGCAUUCAUCUGCAUUUCAUUGCCAUGAAAUAGCACGGCAGGAGGAACAGAGCUGGAGAAGGUGCAGAUGAUCCAGGAGAGGAAAGGCUGUGGAGGCAGCUGUGAGGUUGGUGGGAUUUACUCCUCUCUGAAGCCUCUGCUCUCCAUACGGGGCCAGGCAAGUCUGUUCACCCUUGGCCCUGCCUCAUACCCCCAGCAUGGUUAGAGAUGAACAUGGCUCCAAUGCAGCGGGCUGCUCCAAAUUGCCUUGUUCAUUUUUCCAGUGUCUGACAGUGGGUGAAUAUAAGUGUCCUUGAAAGCUGUGUCUAGAGCCAGGGGCUUGAUGGAGAGAGUGAGUGGGUGCAUGUGUGUGUGAGCUCCCAUCCUGAUUUGUUUGGGACAGUGCCCUGAGCUGCUGCUCUGUGUGUUGAGAUCCUCCUCCGGAAUCAGUCUUCUUCUGAGGAGUUGCAAAUAUUUUUCCUGAGGUAGAAGAGAGAACAUUCAGGUUUGUGCUCUGCCUUCAGGCUUCUUUUUGCCAAAGGAGGAGGGCUGUUCAGGUACGCUGGGAGAUUGCAGUGCUCCCUGGUUAGGGGCACUGAAGGCAAAUGGCUCAGAAAGAAUCACCAUCCUCACCUGUGCUGUUUGUAGGGUGGCAGUGAUCACUGUGCCCUGAUCUGACCAGAGGAUGAACUCCAGGGACAUCAGGAGUUGCCAGAGUUCAUCUUUCUUCUUCUGUGUCUUGGGAAACUUUUCCUUUCUGCAGAUCAGUGCUGGCAGAGUUAUUAAACAAGAGCUGAUUUCCUGAGGCAUAGGGCUGGCUUAGUUUUCUGUUAAGGCCUGUUAAUCACCCUAAAAGGGAGGCUGACAGCCACCGACAGUGACCAUGGUGUCUCACUGCCUUUCAUAUUGCCUGGCAGCUCACAGUGCUGCCUGCAGUGCUCUGAGCAUGGCUGGUAGCUUCAUGGACUGGCAUGGGAGAGGUGAUGCUGCAGAGCCUGGCAGUGAGGGCUGGCUCCCAUCGAUAUUCCCUGUUUGCAUGAAAGGCGACUGGCAUCAAUUCUGCGAGGGAGCCAGGAUGCUGGCUGGUAACAGCUCCAAAUCAGGAGCUGAGGCUCUGCUCCCUCCCUCUGCCAGUGCCUCACUGCACAGUUCUGCACUCCCUCCAUCCCAAAUGACUUGGAGCUGUUGAUUACUGUAGGAUUUUUAAUUGCCCCUUAGAGUUAUGCCGCGAUAUUUUUCAGGGCGAAUUUAGGGAAAAAGGUAGGUGUUGCCCUAGCAAAGAGCAGUGCCCCAUGCAGCUAAUUGCAGGCUGGGAAGUGGGGUGACAAAGGCAGAGAGGGGCUCGGCAGGUGCUCCUGCCCCCACUUCCCUGCGGGUUCCCUUCCUGCCAGAGCUUUCAUCACCCUGAUCACCCAUGGGGGUACCUGAGGGGCAGGGGGCCUUUCCAACCUCGCCUGGCUUCCUCCAACAGCAGCAUUUUGCUUUCAGCACAUUCAAUUUCCUUUUCAUCACAGGAAGAAGAAAUUUAAUUUACUCUCUUAAAUUACAGGGCAGCAUGAGAGUAUGUCUGGAAGCAGCGCCCGUGAGCUCUGUCAGCUCUGUAACAUUGCACUAGGUGCCUGUUGUCCCUUGCAUCCCACAUCUCAUCUGAAAUCACACCGAGUGGCCGUGGAGGCUUCACGUUGUGGGAUGCUGUGAGUGUGUUUGUCCUGUGGGCCACGGGAGCCUGUCAGGGUGCUCCUGUUAUCUCCUACCCUCUUUGUGGCACACCUUGGUGUUUAGAGGACCUUGCCCUGUGUGGGGGUUGUCCUAGAGGUCAUCCCAGACGGUGAGAUGUCCUUGCUGCUCCCUGAUACAUGUGUGGUGGUAUCAGUGCUGUUCUGUCAGUUCUGACUGUGCUGAUGGAGCCAGGGCCACGUUUGCUGUAGAAUAAUUUCUCUGUGUUCAAAGGACCUGAGGUCCCCAGGCUGAGAUCUGAGGCUGGAUGCUGGAGCCCAGUCAGCAGGCGCUGCUUCUCUUCUGCUGGGUCUGUCUUGAGCUGCAGCUGGUCCUGCUGCCUGGCAGCUCCACUGCUCUUCUCCCUCAGCUUCACCUUCCUUCAGUUCAUCUCUGUUACCGAGCAGGGAAGGUGUCUGCUGGGACCGAGCCAUCGCAAACCUCUGGGGAGUUUGUGGUUGCCUAGAGGCCACUCAGUGGAUCCAUUCUGGGAGUCCCUACACUUCCUUUGAACUCUUCCUUCCUAACUGAGGGGAUCUUUGAGUUUGAAAUUUCUCCUUUACCACCUUUUCUGCAGAAGCGUUCAGGCGUCUCCACGUGAGUAACUGCAGAUCUCCUCCUGCUGGGACCAUUGAGGUGAGCACUUGGAAGCAGCAGUGCAUCUUAACUCUAAAUCUGUUCUCAACAUUGAUGAGCAAAUGUGCUCAGGGGCGUCUGCUGGCACGUGUGCACUGUGAGCUGCUUGUACCAUGCUGAGGUCGAUGACUCUGAAGGGCCACAAGCUGAGUUACAGUGUCUCUUAUAGUCCUGGCUUUGUGUUUCUACCUGUUUACAAGACCCUUACCCUAUCUGGGCAUGGAAAACGUUGUUUUUCUGAUCUUCAGCCUCGGUUUGAUGGCAGAUAAGUAUUUUAUUUAGGAGCAGGUCCACAAGAUGCACUGUUCCUGUUUGUGGGAUUGACUUCAAAAGAGUCCUGGCCUUCCUCCAUCUCAGCUGCUCGUCAAUGUUGCCGGUCAGUUUUAUUUGAUGUGGGAAGCUUGCUGGAAUGCUCUUCAGCCCAGAGAUAGAACACAGUGAGAAAAACCAACAUGCAAGGUAGCUGAAUCAAAUCAGAUUGGGCUUUUGGACAGACAAGACUCCUGUUCUCUGCAUGCUCCACGUGUUGAGGCAGCUGAAGCCACGAGCGUCCAAUGUGACUUGGCUCUGUUUGUCUUCUGGAGAUCAGAGCUUCCUGUUCUCUGGCUCCAUUAUUUGCAGUGAUGCUGAGAAUGGUGCAGCAGAAGGAGUUAAUCACAGUCCUGUGCAUUGCUGUAGUGAUCUUCAUUCUUCUUUUGGAAAAGAUUUUUGUGACAACGACAACAACAACAAAAAAAGCAAAUUAAUUCGGUUCUUGUGUUUCGUUUGCUGGAGGCUUUGGGUCUUUUUCACCUGAGAGGGCAGCUUUUGUGGGGCUGUGUGCAUGCUGAAGCACUCCCUAAUGUUUUAGCACUGCCCAAAUAUUUCUUUGCUCUUUCUACAACCAAAUUUCCUGAGUCUGGAAAAAAAAACAACAGCAGUAAAAGUGGUAUGGUGUACCUUCUUUAAAGCGUUUGCUCUUAAGUGGGAUUCAGAUAGCAACUGUAUGUGGAUUUCAGUCAAAGUCAGUGAGGAAAUGCACCUAAGCGAGGCAAGAUGUAGAUUGAGGCCAUUAAUUCAUCACUCCCUGAAGCAAAAUCAAUGUAUUAAGACAUUGUCAAACCUGUUUAAGCCAUAGUAAGAUGUCAGGCAGAGUUAAUGGCAUGCAAGUUUUCCUUAUGGAGCAGAAUACUUACGUGCAAUUGGACCAUAGCAUUAUUUGCUCUUCAUCUCCCCAGAUACCCCAAAACUAGGGAAAUGAGGUACAGAAGAGAUAAGCGAAGUAGUUGUACUGAGGAACGGUGGCAGCACUGACAGGUUUAUUUAAGGUAUGCUGUGCAGCCAGCACUGCUGGGAUCUGAAUGGAUCACAUUGCCACAGUCCAUCUGCUCUGGGCCCUGCACCUCGGGGGGUGCUGCCUUGGGGUGGGAUGCUUGGUCCCUCAUCUGAAGAUUGUGAGCCCAGAACCUUGCUGAAGCUCACGGCGUUUGAUCAAAGCUGGGACUUGGACUUGCCAGCCUCCUUGAAAUACCCUCUGUGCCUCUUCCUUUUGUGCCCCCAGGGAUUCUUCUUAUUUGGGCAGAAAUUUGAGUAACCUUUUCAUUUGCAGAGGAGCCCUUGAGAACAGUCUUGUCUCAUCAGUGUGGAGCUGCAUGAUGCUCUCCUAGCCAAACUGGUUUCCUUCCCCAAAAUAGUAUUUCUAGGCACUGAAGCAAUUAAGGCAUAUUAAAGGCCAGUGAUGCACGUCCUGUUUUUCUCACAAGGCAAGCCUUCCAGAUUCGCAUUCUGCUUUGAAGAUUCUGCAUGAAGAAUGAUGAAAGACUCCAGCAAAUCAGCUCAGGGUAACACUACCUGUAUGUCUGCAGCCUUAGAAGAAAGCAGGUGUGAAGUGUGCUCCUUCCAGCUGCGUUAUUUUGCAUCCUUGCAACAGCUGCAGGCCCGGAACUCCAGUGCCCACCUCAUCAGACGUGCUGAUGCCUUCAAAGAUUCUGCUCUUUUUCUCCUUUUCCCCAGUCAAACCCAGGCAGGGAUUUCAGUCAAGAGGACUCUGCGAGCAAUGAAGAUCUUUACAACUUCUUUCCUUCAUCAAGGCCAGGUUUUGGUGCAUCUUCUAGGAGUUUCAAGGUGCUCCUGUGUCUGCUGUGCUUCUGCCUCUGCUCAUUUCCCACCUGGCUCCGGGCACUUCCUUGGGACCUGCUGCAUUGCCAGCGAAAGGUAGAGAAGCAUGUUCUCUGUUCCUCUUGCAUCCUUUGCAAGCAGUUGUACUUACAGUGUUGCCUUGGAAAUCAUUUCCUCUUCCCUGUCCUCUCCCCAGUAACAUCUUUGUUAAGACACGCAAGCCCUCUUCUCUGGGAAUUGACUGCAAAGUAAAUUGCUGGGAAAGUUGCAGUUUGAGAGCAGAUUCUGUGGUUUUGUUGGCUGCCACAAACAUGUACUGCUGAGUAAACUCCAUUUAGCUGGGGCCUAUGUUUUUUUCUCACACUUCUCAUUUAGCAGAGUUCAAUUUUCCCCCGGGAGCCUUCUUAUUAAAACUCGCAGCCUCUUUUCUCCCUGGCCAGUGAAUCACACGUGAGCUGGCUGAGCACUUUGUGAGCUGUGUCCGGCGUGGGAAAAAGUGUAGAAGCUGAACAGAAACUGUGCAAGAACACACACGAGAUCUGCUGCAACGGGACCAAGAGAUACCAGGAAGUGUGUCAUCAGCCUGGAAAACCUGUAGUAUCUACCUGAGCCUCUUGGCCCUUUGUAGGGAGCAUUGUGUGCUGCUCACGGGUCUUUUAAUGGCCCUGUUCGCCUUCAGGUGCUCACUGCUGCAAGGUCUUCUGCUGCAGAAUUUAUUUUCUCCCUUCUACUUGGAUAAGUGAAUCCUCCUCUGCCACCAUUACUUUACCAAACAGAGCAAAUAGAGUUGUCUUUCUUCAUCAUGAGUUAUUAGCAUUGUCAGUUACUGUUUUCUGCAUAAACGUAAUUGCUCUGUCCAGGGAAAGCUGGGAGCUCAGACCAGGGCCCCAGCUCCAGUCUCAUCUUGAAGGAUCCACCUGGUGUGGAUUCUGACUUUGCUGCUCUAGUGUGAGCCUCCAAGAAAGCUUGGGUGAGCUCAGGGGCUGUUUUCUUUGUGAUCUUCCCUUCUACAGCUGAAGAACUGUGCUGGGGGAAAGUGGGAGAUGAGCACAAAGGGAGAGGUCCCUUCUUGUGCUUUCAUUUUGGCUGCGCUUCUCUGAGCUUGGGUGAAGGUCAAUGGAACUUCAGCCUGUUUUAUUUACUUGGCCCACUUUAGAGGAGUGAGGGAGAAAGGUUUUGGAAAUGCUUAUGCAACCUGCUCUGUUUGUAUGAUGCUGGCACAGAGCUGAUGACACUUCUGCAGCCUUGGGGGCUUACAAGUGUGAAUCAGAGGCUGUUUUCCUCUACUGAUGCUCCUAUAAAAAUCUGUAAAUAUCGGGAAGUCCCUGCUCAUAGCUUUUCUAUGUUGCUCCGCCAGUUCAUCUGCCAAAACCUUCCCCUUGAUCCAGCCCAGCCCUGCGUGGCUCUGCAGGAGGAAGGCAGCUCAGCCACCAGUCUCUCCCUGCCUGGGCUGCGCGGCUGUAGGCAGGAGCCAGCAGUGCCACCCAGUGCCCUUCCAGCUGCUCGACUGCCAGAGAGGUGCUGCGUGUUCCCUGACCUCCUGCAGCCAUCCUUGCACGGCCAUGGCUGUCUUCUGCUGCAGCUGCUGCUGGAGGUGUGGUAGGUCCGUGUGUGAGGCUGCUCCCCCGGGUCGGUGCUGCUGGAAGGAGUUAAACAGAAAACAGCUGCAUGGGAGAACUGCUUUACAGCUCACAGAUAAUUGAGGCAGGAUUCUGUUUGUUUGGUUGGUAUGAUUUUCCUUUUUCCACCGCAAAGAUCUAAUGCCCUUUCUUGUAUUUAUCAAGCAGGAGGGUUUUGCUACAAUACAUUCUGUAUCAGAGAACUCGGGGCUUGUAUGUUGCUGACGAGAACAAUUGAUUUUUGUUUAUUUGUUUAUUUAUUGCUGGAGAGAACUGAAGCAGUAAGUUGUAAGGCUUUAGCUCCUCUGGAGGAGCUUUAUUUAGAGAAGCAGCCUGAUCUUGGUGCUGACACAAGCUCAUGCAGCCCUGCACACUGCUGGGGGCUGUGCAGCAGAAUGCUGGAUAUCUCGCUCCAGUGCCCGGGUCACCUCGAGUCAUUCACAGUGGUAGUCUGAGCUUCUGGCCAGGGCUGGCUGGCAUCUCUUGCCCUUGGGGAUGCGUGGCACUUGGGGCUGGCACAGCACCAGCUCCCUAUCUGCAGGAAAGACGUAAACUGCAGGUUUGGGGCACUUCCCAGUCUUGCACCCUGCCCUGUUCCUUCCUGUCUUGUCCUGCUCUGAGGAGGCCUCGGGCAAUGCCUUUGGUCCCAGAUGACACCCAGGGGUAACAGAGACCUCUGGCUUGUUUGAUGUGUGGGUGCCAGGGCUGUGGCAAGACAAGCAAGCUGAGCAGAGCCCUCAGAGGCGGUCAUCACUGUCCUGAGGUGGGUUUGGAAAUGCCUUAUGAAUCCUUUCACUGUCUUCUGCCCUGCUUUAGUUAGAGGAGAAUUCCUGCUCCUUAAAGGGAAGCAAAGGACCAGCGAUACCUUUGCGGUAACUCUCCCUUCCCUCCUAGUGACAGCCUUUUGCUGCCAUCUCUGUCCUCAGAACAGUAUCCAGAGGCAAACAACUGCUUAACCUGCCUGGACUUCUCUCUCUAGAGGCUGUCAUCUUGGCCUUGGGCUUGGUGGCACUCAUAGAUCUCCAGUGAAGAGCAAGCAGUGGGGUUUCCUGGGAUCACAUCACACUGACAGCGCCAUACUUGGCUGAGUAUUUUGUACAGGCUUUUAUUUAUUUUUUUUUAAGGUAUUACAGUUAGGCUGCUAAGGUAGGUGCAGUGCUGCUAAGGUGGUGAUGCCUCCUGCCAGCUGACGUGCCACGUCGCUGAGUGCUGAGAGGCUGGGCACCCUUUGCUUGCAUCAUGGUGCUCCCUACAGAGUGCCUGCUUCCAGGAAAAAGCCCUCCUGUGGGUGGGUGAGUUUGCAGGUCACUACGGAGUGGGUUUUGUGAGGAGAACCCCUCUCCUGCAGGGCACUCAGGGAGGUGGCAGGCAAUGUUUAUCUCAGUUGCGUCUUCUGGGGCUGGAGAGCAUGUGUGUUAUCAUACAGCAGAUGGGUUUGGGGAAGAGAUGGCGGAGACAACUGUAUUUUCUCACACAGGCUUGUUGCCUGCCAGGAAAUGAGCCAGCCAGGCUUUAUAGGGAGAAGUAGAGACCCUGGGCAAGCUGUUGAGGGUUCCUCCUUCACCCAGCAUCUUUGUGAGAGGUAAGCGGAGCCAUGGGAGAAUGGCUGCUGCUGUGGUACUCUGAGCAUAGGUAUGAGGUCUGCUGCGUGAGGAUAGGCCAAGGGCCAGCACCCAGCAUUGCCUGUUCAGCUCUGCACCUGCUGUCACCUCGACACCCUGGUGCUCCAGGGAGGGAGUGGGAUUGUUCACCAGUCCUGGGCAGAAACAGGCUGCAGUUGUGCACUGCCAGUCGUCUAGGCUGAUGCACCAGUACUGGGCUGGGGACGGCCCAAGAUGCCUGCCCAUGUCCCCUUCCAUUUCUCUGCAUCUCCUACUAGAUUGCAUUGAAAGCUGUGUGGUUGCUGUGCUUGGUGGCAAGAUGUGACAGCCUCCUGAGGACAAGAAGACAGGGAUGUCCCUACCAGCUUGCCAUGCUGGUGGUCCUUCUGCUGCCAGGAAAGUCACAGAUGCAUGAGGGAGCAGCAAAAGCAAAAGCUGGCAAAAAGCAAGCUUUUCUGGGUGCUGUCAGAUUCAAGCAGAUGGAAAUCCCAGUGGUGAGCAGGCUGGUGUUACUGGAGUGGAUGGCAUGGAAGGGCAGAGGGGGGACCAGGACAGGGAUAGCAAUGCCAGGGAGAGGCAGCAGCUCUCUGUGGCUGUUGUCAGAACUGGGGACAGACACAGGCAGUGCAGCAGCAGGGCAGAGCCCUGCAGUGUUCUGGCUGCUGCAUCCUUUUGCCUGCCUGGCCAAGGGAAGCCGUGCUGUCUUCCUGAGCCUGCAGCUCCUUGCUGGAAGCACAUCAGGCACUCCUGGCUCAUCCCACUGUCCCCUCGUGUCCUGUUGGGUAUCCUGUUUUUUCCCUUCUCUCUACUGACACAGGAAAGGGGGUGAUUUCUUUCUGUUGUCCUUUGCGCAGCGGGAGGAGCAGGAGGGUCCCAACCUGCGGUAAGCAGUGCGGCGUGCGCGGUUAGGGGUCGGUUUUUGAGCCCAUGCUUCUUCAGCACUGGAUGCUGCAGGAUGGAUGUGGAUGGCGCUGGUUGCUGGCAGCCUUUGCUUGCCUUUUGCUGAUGUCUGUAGUUUGAUGAGCCUUAUCCAGUAAGACAAAUGGAUGUGACAGGAUCACGGUGCCCUUCAUGGCCCCUUUUGCUUCCCUGCCUCUGCUGGAGCCGGUCACACAGCUCCUUCCCUUUCUCUGUUUGAAGACUGGUUUCCUUUUCAGAUUCGUGAGCUUCUACAGGGAGAGACUGUGCUCAUGGCUGUAGAACUUCAGGCAGAAAAAUCAAUGUUUAUAUUUCUUUUAGCUGGGAAAGAUUCUUGAAAGAACUCCAGCAAAUAAACGCCUUGUAAAGUUCAAACUGUGAAGGCACGGUGUAUGAACCCAAAUGAAUUUUCAAGCUCUCUCUUGAAAUAAAAUGGAUUUUUUUGGAUUCAGGCUUUAUUUAGAGAAACGUUUGAUUAAAGUAGGGAUUUGAAGGUUGCAUCUGAUCUCCUUGUGAGGGAGAGCUGCUCUGCUACUAGCAGCAAGAUGUGGUUGGGAAAUGUGGUUGGAUGCUGCUAGGAUGCUCCUGGGAGAGCAGCCCCUGUACCCAGCCAUGGGGGGUGGCUUUUGCUGUGUCCUCUGUCCCCUCAAAGCCCUGCUGCUGCAAUGCAAUCAGUUCAACUGCCUUGGGAAGCUGUUUGUGCAGGUGCUGCUGUUCAGGAUGCUGAAGGGCAGCUGGCACCACACUCCCUCCAUGGAGUGCAUGAGCAUCUCAGAGCUUUCUCUACCUGUCCUCUGUAGUACAACACGUUUUCUCUCCCUUCUUUGUUGCGGUCUGUGCUGUGUGGAUGGUGAGCCCUCUGAUUCAGGCUGCUGGCUCCUUGCUCUGGGGCAGCCUGAAGUCAGUGUUCCCAGGAAGAGCUACGGGUGCGGGGUGGACUCAGAGGCUCUGCAUUACCUGGAGUGCACUAGUGCUCUAGUGCUUUGCAUUUACCUGCAGGAGAGCUAUUUGGUCUUUGUACAAAGGAGAAGGAAGCAGGAAACUCUGUUUCAGCCCAGUAUGGUUGAACGCUUCAGGAAGUGACCCAGAGCAGGGGACAAAGGGCAUCUGAAGUGCUGCUGUUCUUCCAGUUUCUCAUCAGCACAUGUGCAAUCAGGGCAUCGCCUUCCUGAAAGCACUAGGAGAGUCACAGUGAGGAGGGCUGCUCUCUGUAAGCCCAGGGGCUGCCACUGCCUUUGGCGUGUGUUGGAUCUGUUCCUGUGUUCAGGUGUCAGGGUUUUCCCUGCAGGUCUGGAGGCUGAAACCAAGGGCUGCCAGGGUCCGUGGCCUCUCCACUUCCCAGCCACUCCCACUCUCCCGGCUCCAUGGCUGCCGUGCACGAGUGGUCCUGCACCCGCUGCACCUUCCUGAACCCCGUGGGCCAACGGCAGUGCUCCAUAUGCGAAGCUCCGCGCCAGAAGCCUGACCUCAACCACAUCCUGCGGCUCAGCGUGGAGGAGCAGAAGUGGGCCUGUGCCCGCUGCACCUUCAAGAACUUUUUGGGCAAAGAAACGUGCGAGGUGUGCGGCUUCACUCCGGAGCCGGGGCCCAGCGGCUCUCCCCUGCCUGUCAUCAAUGGCAUCCUGCCCAAGCCUGCAGUGCUGGUGGAGCCCAAGGGCACAGCCAAGGAGGAGGCUGCCAAGGUGGAAAGCAGCAGCGAAGAUUCAGAGGGGAAGAGUCCUGACGAAGCAGAGCUGGAGAGCGGCUGGGCUUGCCAGCGCUGCACGCUGCACAACACUCCAGUGGCCAACUCCUGCUCGGCCUGCGGCGGGCCUCGCAAACUCUCCCUGCCCAAAAUCCCACCGGAGGCGCUGGUCGUCCCUGAGGUCAUCACCCCUGCUGGCUUUCACAUGGCCCCUUCCACCCCGCAGUCUUUAGUCCCCACAGAGAUCUCUGACGGUGACGCCGCGGCCACUCAGGGCCCGGUGGCAAUGGAACAGGAGGCACAGAAGAUGCCGGCCUUCAGCCCCUUUUCCCCCGGGCUGCAGAACAACCCAGUGCCCCGCAGCCGGCGCGAGGUCCCCCCCCAGCUGCAGAUGCCGGGCCCCGAAGCACCGCAGCCCGGGGCUCAGGGCACUGCGGGGCAGAAGGGCUCCCCACAGGGCCAGGCCAGGGCCGCGCCGGCUGCUCGCCUUCAGGAGCUGCUGUCCAACAAGCGGCUGAGCGUGCUGGAGGAGGAGAUGGAUGUCAGCCCGUCCCACUGGAAGUGCAGCACCUGCUCCCUGCUCAACUCCGCCGGGACCGGCAAAUGCGAGGCCUGCAGCACCCAGAAAGGCAGCGACACCAUCAAUUUAGUGGGGGACUCGGUGAGGUUCACCCCCUGUAGCCCCUCCAGCCCUGACUUCACCACCUGGUCCUGUUCGAAGUGCACCCUCAAGAACCCCACCGCAGCCCAGAAGUGCAAAGUCUGCGGUUCCUCCAAGCUGCACGGCUUCCAGGAGCACAGCCCACAGGGUGAGCCAUCCCCCCGCUGCCCCGAGUGUGGGGCUGGUGAGAAGGGCAGCUGCUCCUCCUGUGGCACCAAGGCACCCUCAGCUCGCAAGGUCGCCCGUCUCUUCCCAUCCCAGCUGCCUGGUGCUCAGGACCGGCCGGGCCAGUGGGCUUGUCCUGCGUGCACCCUGCUCAAUGAGCUGAAAGCCAAGCACUGCGUGGCCUGCCAUACCCCGCAGCAGUACGUGGCCCAGCGCAAGGGACUCAAGCCCCUCAAAAGGAGGGAGAGCAUGCACGUGGAAAAGAGGAGGCAGACAGACGAAGGAGAAGCCAAGGCCCUGUGGGAGAACAUUGUGACCUUCUGCAGGGAGAACAAAGUCAAUUUUGUAGAUGACAGUUUCCACCCUGGGCCCAAGUCUGUGGGAUUCCCAGAAGGUGACAGCGUGCAGCAGAGGGUGAAGCAGUGGUUGCGGCCCCACGAAAUCAACUGUAACAUCUUCAAAGACCGAUCGGUGAAGUGGUCGGUGUUCCGGACACCCAGACCCUCGGAUAUCCUUCAGGGACUGCUGGGAAACUGCUGGUUCCUGAGCGCCCUGGCCGUUCUGGCUGAGCGACCAGAGCUGGUGGAGAGGGUGAUGAUCACACGGACGCUGUGCCCCGAAGGCGCCUACCAGGUGCGGCUCUGCAAGGAUGGCACGUGGACCACAGUGCUGGUGGACGACAUGCUGCCCUGCGAUGAGUGCGGGUACCUCCUCUUCUCACAGGCCCAGAGGAAGCAGCUGUGGGUCGCGCUCAUUGAGAAGGCCCUGGCCAAGCUUCAUGGUUCGUACUUUGCCCUCCAGGCAGGGCGUGCUAUUGAAGGCCUGGCUACACUAACCGGCGCCCCCUGCGAGAGCCUGAUGCUGCAGGUCAGCUCCACUAACCCUCGCGAGGAGCCCAUUGACACUGACCUCAUCUGGGCCAAAAUGCUGAGUUCUAAGGAGGCUGGGUUCCUUAUGGGUGCAUCCUGUGGUGGGGGCAACAUGAAAGUGGACGAUGUGGCCUAUGAGAGCAUGGGGCUCCGUCCACGGCAUGCCUACUCCAUCCUGGACGUGCGGGAUGUCCAAGGCUUCAGGUUACUGCGGCUCCGAAACCCGUGGGGUCGCUUCUCUUGGAAUGGCAGCUGGUCUGACGAGUGGCCCCACUGGCCUGCUCCCCUGCGCCACGACCUGAUGCCCCAUGGCAGCAGCGAGGGGGUCUUCUGGAUGGAGUACAGCGACUUCAUCAAGUAUUUUGACUCCGUGGAUAUCUGCAAACUCCAUUCAGACUGGCACGAGGUGCGUGUGCAGGGCAUGUUCCCCAACAAGGCCAAUGGACCAGUGACGGUGACAUCGCUGACAGUGUUGGAGCGUGCUGCCCUGGAGUUUGCCCUCUUCCAGGAGGGCAGCAGGCGGUCGGAUGCUGUGGACAGCCACUUGUUGGAUCUGUGCAUCAUGGUUUUCCGAGCCACCUUCACUAGCGGCAACAAGCUGAGCCUCGGCCGCUUGAUGGCUCACAGCAAACGAGCCGUCAAGAAGUUCGUCAACUGCGACGUGAUGCUGGAGCCGGGCGAAUACGCCGUGGUGUGCUGUGCCUUCAACCACUGGAGCGCUGCGCCGGCGGGCCCCGCUGCCGCCCAGGCAUCCAGUCCCACCAGCAGCCGGCCGGCCACCGAUUACUCCAGCUACAUCCUGGCCAUCUACAGCUCCCGCCUGGUGAUGGUGGAGCAGGUGGAGGCGCAGCCCACCACGCUGGCAGAUGCCAUCAUCCUGCUGACUGAGAACAAGGGCGAGCGCCAUGAGGGCCGUGAGGGGAUGACAUGCUACUACUUGACACACGGCUGGGCAGGGCUCAUCGUGGUGGUGGAGAACCGGCACCCCAAAUCCUACCUGCACGUCCAGUGUGACUGCACCGACAGCUUCAAUGUCGUCUCCACGCGUGGCAGCCUCAAAACACAGGACAGCGUCCCUCCCCUGCACAGGCAGGUGCUGGUGAUCCUCUCCCAGCUGGAGGGUAACGCCGGCUUCUCCAUCACCCACCGCCUGGCGCACCGCAAAGCCACCCAGGCCUUCCUCAACGACUGGAUGUCCACAAAAGGCACCCACAACCCGCUGCUCACACCCGAGGUUGCCGGACUCCACGGACCCCGACCUCUAUGACGAAGCGCCGCUCCUGCCCCGCUCCUCUCUCCCGUUGCUUUCAGCGAGCCUCCAGCCCAGGGUUUCCCCCCGUGCUGCCAGCACUGAGCCGUGGGGCAGGGCGGGAGGUGGCACCGAGCACUUUGCCCUGUGCCACGGGGCUGGGACAAACUCUCAGGGCCGGGACCAGCUCUGCCCGCUGCCCCCCCACGCACUUUACGAGGAGCGGUCGGGGGGCACGGGGCCAUCUCAGGAUCCCACCCGCUUUGGGCACACGGCGUGGUAGCAGGGGGCUGCAGUAGACGUGGGGGCUGGAGGUUGCAGUCAGCGUCCUUGCCAGGCACCACGCUCAGGGCUCUGCCCCGUCCUGCAGCACCGGGGCCCUGGUGCUCCAAAAAGAAUAUACCUCUGACGUCUGUCCGUCUGUGUGACCCUCUGUCUUGUCUCCUCUGUUGUCUGCUGCCAGGACUGAGUGGGCACUGAGGUACUGCGGCUGCCGGGGUUGUCCCCACGCGUUGGGGCCGGGAUGGAGAAGGCGCAGGGCUGUUGCAGAAAGCUGCUGCUGCUGGUUUUCACCACACUUCGGGGCAAAACGAGGACGUAAACCUCGGCUCCAGGGUGGGGAGCAGGGCUGUGGGGUGCUGCUCCGUCCCCCCCAAGCCAUCGCAGUGUUACUAUGCAAAGGCGGCCGCUGGAAGCAGCGCCUGGAGAGAAGCCAUGCGUCCCCUCCCCGCGCCCUGCGGGGUGCACGGGGCAGUGGCACGGGGCACUGGGGACAGAGCUGGGCUCUGGGGAGCAGCUCCCGCAGCGUGGCUUUGCUGGGGAGAGGGGCGGCGAUUCCGUAGGCCGAUGGUGAGCCCCGUCCAUCGGAGGGACAGCAGUCAGCACAAGGCAAAGGCCAAGAGCUGUGGGGGGCCACUGGGGUUCCAUGUUGGGGUGACCCUACGGCCGGCUGGCUGCACACAGCUGGGUGUGUGUGUGUGGCUGUGGGUGUGUGUGUGUUGUGGGGGAGCUGCUCUGGGGCAGCCUGCAGCAGUGGGGAUGUGUGGGUGCGGGGUUUGUCCCUCUGUCCCUCCCGGCCCCGAGGGCUGGGGCUGCUGAGCCAAGCUCUGUCUGUGUGUCUGUUUGUCGCUCUGUUCUCUCUUCCCCUGCACCUUCCUCCUCGGGAUGAUUUGUCCUUCACUUUUUCUCUCCGUCUUUCUGAGCUGUGAAUAUUUUUAACCCUGUAAAUACUGUCCAGCUCUUAAGAAACAUAGGAUAUUUUAUCAAUUGUAAAUCAGAUCAGUAAUCCCUGUAUGAUAUGAAUUAUCCAUGGGUGGUUUUCAAACUCAGGUUCUGACGGACCAAAUAAAGUUUUGUUUUUUACUGAA